AGGGCCUGGUCAUACAGGGGGUAAAACAUUCAAGAACUGAAGUGGUUAAUAUGUGAUAGCAAAAUAUUUAGAUGUUUACAUCCUAUGCUCAAUUAAUCUGAAUAGCCUUUUUUUCUGCUCAGCAAUUGCGCCAUGAAAACCUGGUAAACCUAUUGGAAGUUUGCAAGAAAAAGAAACGUUGGUAUUUAGUCUUUGAAUUUGUGGAUCGGACAGUGCUUGAUGACCUUGAACAGUUUCCCAGUGGAUUGGACUUCAACCGAGUACGAAAGUAUAUGUUUCAGAUUAUCAGAGGAAUUGGAUUUUGCCACAGUCACAAUAUCAUCCAUCGGGGACAUAAAGCCAGAAAACAUAUUAGUGUCCCAUUCUGGAGUGGUAAAAUUGUGUGAUUUUGGAUUUGCUCGUACAUUGGCUGCCCCAGGUGAGGUUUACACAGAUUAUGUAGCCACACGAUGGUACAGAGCACCGGAGCUUUUGGUUGGGGACAUCAAAUACGGCAAAGCUGUUGAUAUAUGGGCAAUUGGCUGCUUGGUAACAGAAAUGCUGACUGGGGAACCACUUUUUCCUGGAGACUCGGAUAUUGAUCAGUUAUACCAUAUCAUUAAAUGCCAAGGUAACCUGACGCCACGACUUCAGGAUCUCUUCUAUAAGAACCCAUUAUUCGCUGGAGUAACCUUGCCAGAAAUUAAAGAGAUUGAACCUCUUGAAAGAAGAUAUCCUAAGCUUUCUUCUGUCAUAUUAGAUUUAGCCAAGAAUUGUUUACACAUUGACCCAGACAAGAGGCCACCCUGUGUCACCUUGCUGCAGCAUGACCUGUUUAAGAAGGAUGGCUUCACUGAGAGGUUCUCUCAGGAAAUCAGUGCAAAAGUCCAGAAGCUUUCCAAAGACAUUCAGCCACAAACUAAGAAAACCAAAAAUGUUAAGAAAGAAAAAGAUGAUUACCCAGGUGAAAAGAAAGCCCUGGCACUACAGGAUUUCAAUAUUGAUCACAAAGUGAAGGAUACUAAACCUUUAAAGGUGAAGAUCAUUAAAAUGGACUCCGAAAAGACUGAGAAGACUGAUGGGGCGUCUAAUACCAGUGGUUUAUUUACUGGUACUACCAAUCAGGGAAGGGCAGUACCUUAUGUCACACUAAAAGAGUCAACAACAGCCUAGAUAACCAUAAAAGCCCAGCUGGGAUGAUUCCUCCAAUAAACUACAAUCUCACUGCCAUUUCUCCGCAUCAGCUGUCUUCCAAUGCCACUGCAUCAUCUGGCUCAUUAUCUGCUCCAGCCAUGUUAGUUUUAGGGGAGAAGAAAAGAGUAAAAUGUAUGUAAGCAGUUUCAAACUAAAUGGAGGAAGACCUUCCCAAGGAACUACUUAUAAUCCAAACAUUUCAAGUCUGGUUGCCAAUGAAAAGAGCCUUCUUCAACUAAACAAGAAAAAAUGGGACUUUUCAAGAGCAGAUGUGAGGCUACCAGAGCUGAGCUAUGGUCAUUUACCAGAACUUAAAGGCACAGAGGGAUAUAAUUUCUAUAGUGUUCGCAGUUCAAAGUUGGGAAAGAAAGAGAACAAGACAAUCACUGACUCCCGCAUCCCUUCUCUUGCUACAGUUGAUACUCAUAAUUCAAACACAGCCUUACCACAGUUUUCAGGCAAUGUAUUACCUGACACACUGGAUAUCACAGAAGCAAAUUUUCCACCAGUAGAACAUUAA